AUGACAAGUGAAGCAAAAAGUUUUUGGAAUGAAAAAAUGACGCAUUUAUUUUAUCUCUAUGAUGCUGAUAGAGAUGGUUCAAUAACUCCUCUUGAUUUUGAGAUUCUUGCUGAUAAACUUUCAGCACUUGUUGGACAAGAUGAUAUUAAACGACGUGAAGAUUAUGCAAGUGCAAGAAAAACUCUCUGUCAAGCAAUAAUGAGGGCUGAUGCAAAUAAAGAUGGAAAAAUAACUUUAGAUGAAUGGUUGGAUUUUCAUGCAAAUCUUGCCAAUGAAUUACGUAAACCUGAUACAAAUCCUGAAGUAUUAGAACAAUUAUCUGAACGUAUAAAUACAACAUUUAAUAUGAUUGAUCUUAAUCAUGAUGGUUAUAUUGCAAAAGAUGAAUGGCUUAAAACUUGCCAAUUUUUUGGUGUUGAUGAGAAAACAGCUGAAAAAUCUUUUGAACAAAUAUCUGAUGGUGAUAGACUUGAAGAAGAUAAAGCUAAAAGUCUUUUUCUUGAAUAUAUUAAAUCCGAUGAUCCAAAUCAUGUAUCAAAUUGUUGUUUAUGUUUUCUCUAA